UGGCUGGGUGUGUGGUUGUGUGUCUGGCUGGGUGUUGCAUCUGUGUUUUGUGAGGAAUAUGUUCUCGGUUCUGAUGGCAGAGCUGUGGGCUCUUUGGUCCUGAUGUUAGGAGUCAUGGCUGGUGUCUGAUCUUGGUCUUUCUUGCAGCAGCAGCCCCUCACCCCAGCUGGAAGGGAGCCCAGGAAGCCUCAGCCUUAGGGAGGAGCUCUUGGAGCCCAGGAAGCCCUGGGGUUGACACUGGAGGGUGGUUGGCCCCCAUAUGGGGAGGGGUCUGCCCAGUGAGGCUUUCACCUUCAGCUCAUUUUCUUCUGCUUCCCUUAGCUUUGAAUGCGGCAACUCCAUCUAUGGCCAGAUGUUGAACCACUGAACUAAAGAAGACAUGUGGGGGCUCCUCAGGAGGUGAGGGAGCUCUGCUGGCAGAAAGGAGGUCCAUCCUAGGCAUGGGUACUGACACAGGUGACAGCAUCUGCAUACCAGCCAGCUUCUGUGGUGUUUAUGGCCUCUGGACCACAGGUUCCCGCCUCAGCUACACUGGAAUUGCCUCUGCCAUCAAGGGGAAAAAAAUCGGUGACCACGGUGGCUAGCCCCAUGGCCCGGGACGUGGGGAGCCUGGCGCUGUCCCUGCAAGCCCUGCUGAGUGAAGACAUGUACCGACUGGACCCCACUAUGCCCCAGAUGCCCUUUAGGGAGGAGGUGAAGACCCCCUUUCCCACCCCAGGCUGCAGUGAGUGAGAAGCCCACAUACUCAGUCCAGUUUGUUUCCUUCCCCUGCUGGACGCCAGCUGCUUUGGCCUCUUGGCUAUCUGGAGCCAUAGCUUGUAAGUGCCCCCAAAGAGGGCCUCCAGUGCCAUAUACCCAACUCAUGCAGGCAGAAUACUCAGCAAGUGUGGUUCAGAGGGUGUGACAUCCAGUUAAGCUGGGUUUUUAACCCUCUAGGUAACCCUGGCCAAGUCACAUCUCUUCUCUCAGCCUUAGCCUCCCCAUCAGUACAAUAAAGAGGUUAGGCUGGGAGAUCACUCCACA